AGUAAAAACGUCAAAAGUCCCUGUCCAAAUGUCGGAAGUCGGAUGUUUUUGACACAAAUCAAAUAUACAGGUCAAUUGUCAAUCGGUGUUGUGUUGUGAGGAAAAAAAAUCGAGUUUUGUUUAUAAUAAAUAAAUGUUUGCCUUUAUUUAUCAAAACUCAAAAUGUUGAUUUUCAAAUGUGCGCUUAUUGUUUUAUCGGCAACAUAUAUUUUUUCUCUUUGUUUACAAGUAGCAAAAGAAACGAACUCUCUAGAUACUGGCCUUGCUUUUUUGUAUGUGGCCAGUGGAGCAAUAGCUGGGAAAAUCAUCUAUGACCGAUACCAGCAAAUACAUGUAUUAGGCUCACUAACACCGAAUCCCAAUGUGACCUCCUUUGCCAAUAGGAUUGCAACAUUUUCAGCCUCAUUCCUUUCUCUGGGCUUCCUAGCGUACCUCUUACUAUUUCUGUUCAAGGUGGAUAGCCAUUGCUUGAUAGCCCUAAAUAUAUUUAUAUGUGCUUUCGGCACUUUGUACUUAUGGGUACAGUGCGUUUUAACAACAUAUAUUUCAACAUUAUUUUAUGACAAAAAUUUGUUAAUACUACGACAAUGUCUUGCUAAUGUGAGCUUCCUUUUAUUAAUAUUAAUGGCUAUUUUUGGAACAAUAACUUCGUUUAUGACCGAAGAUAGUUCCAAUAGCUUCAGAGUUUGUUUGGUCAUCACGUAUCUAUGCAGUUAUUUAUUAACGGCUAUCUUCUGCAUAUUCCUAAUAUCUUUUCAAAAAGAAUAUGAGUACUUUGCUGUUGGUCUACGAUCCGAAUUAUUAUUAGAUGACGCAUGUUCGUUGAACAAUGCGUCAGUCUCCGAAGUGGAUGGUUUAUUGCCACAAGAUGUGCUGUCAAAUGCGAUUGUAAUAAAGGGCAGUAUAAGUUGUGGGAAGGUGUCUUGACCAGAGGCCGUGCCCGCGCAGGGCACGGAC